AUGAGUACACACGAGGCUGAAAUGGGCGCAAUUACCGAAGCAUCUAGCUUGAGAAUAGAGCAGCAUGAGUCGGAAAGUGAAAGUGGCAACAGCCUCGCGGAAAAAGAAGGAGCUGGUUGCGAGCCAAGAUCAGCAAUAAGCAUUACCAGAAACCGCCAUGUGCAUGCAAAAAAAGCCAAGAUUGUAACCCACUACCGUGUUGUCGCAACCCGCAAAACCCACACAACACACAGACAAAGAAGAACAGACCAUCGCUUGUAUGCAGAGAGCGUGGGGUCCCCGGGUUACGAAGGAGCAUUUAGUUAUUAUGCGCCUGGUCAUCUUCAGGUGAAACUCGCAAUUGCACAAGAGGGCGGGGCUCGUCAGCUCAACAGCUCGUCAGCUCAGGCGGAUCCUUUUCUUUCCUUGGCACAAGUCCACGAGUUCGACAUCAUCCGAUACAACACACUAAACAAUCAGUCUCUCAGAAUGCGACCCCAUGCUCUGCACUACAAGGUCAAAGUUUCGUAUGCGAAACCCUUUUCUGUUACCAACGAGUUGCUCGGCGUUUUUAGAGGCCCGAGUCCCCACGUGCUGCAAAAUAGGCGCUAUUAA